GUUGCAAAAGAAGCUUCAGCCAUCGCCGCGGAGGCAGUUCUCUAAGUCGUUGAAGUAUGAAACCCAAGUCGACUCAUCGGAUUCUGAGACUCGGACUGACUCCGAUGAUACAACAAUGCUAAGUGUAAUUGAUGAAUCGGUGAACACAAACAUAAUGCAUGCUACAGAAGUUCAUCUUCUUGCUUACUCUUCAGUGGGUUUAAGAACACUUGUUGUUGGAAUGCGUGAACUUUCUCCUUUAGAAUUUGAGGUGUGGCGCUCUUCAUUUGAGGCAGCAAGCACAUCUUUGAGAGGUCGGGCUGCUGCCCUACGCAAGGUUGCUGGCAACAUAGAAACCAAUCUCUGCAUAUUGAGUGCCUCUGGAAUUGAAGAUAAACUGCAAAGCGGGGUGCCUGAAGCUAUAGAGUCUCUGGGAACAGCUGGGAUUAAAGUGUCGGUUUUGACAGGUGACAAGCAAGAAAUUGCCAUAUCGAUUGGAUACUCUUCAAAGCUCAUGACUCCCAUGAUGACCCAACAUGUAAUUAAUUGUAUAACUCCUGGGAAUCUUGUAGAACGCGUUACAAGAAGCCACAGAAGGAAUUUCGGGAAAUGCUUUGACAUCAGCGACCUUGAUUGUUGAUGGAACCAGCCUUUAUUAUAUUCUUGACAUUGAUCUUGAAGAACAGCUCUUUUGGUUGGUGAGUAAAUGUUCAGUGGUGCUAUGUUGCCGAGUAGCUCCACUGCAAAAGCUGGAAUUGUUGAUCUCGUAAAGAGUAGGACUGCGGACAUGACACUGGCAAUUGGAGAUGGUAAUAUGUGUACUGUAAUGUAAUGAAUGAAUAUGUUAUGCUUCCAAAACAUUAAAAGCAUGUAUUGGCAUAUUCUCUUAUUGAAAUUUAAAAUUUUUGGAAAUUUCUGAUUUAUUAACAGGUGC